AUGUCCCCUCAGCCGACUACUUUACCUAAGGGAGCCAAGCUAUGGCUACUCAAUUUAGGGAUCCUUGACGUAGACGCGGCAAAUGUACUUGCAGGCGCAAACCAAUUCUCCGUCGGUCUUCCACCGCAGCCGCAUGAGAGGCGGGACUUGAUCAUGAUAGCCGGUCUGAUCUACCAUCCCGACGUAGGUCUUGUUCUGUUUGACACGGGCUCCUGCGAGAACGUGAUCAAAAGCUGGGGUGAAAGGGCUCUGGAAUGUGGCCCUAGGAUCUGGGAUAGGUCGAUCCAUGGUCUACCCCAGGCCAUUAAAGCUACCGGGGCGGGGAAAAUCACAGAUGUGAAGGCAGUAGUGUUGAGUCAUCUCCACUGCGAUCACGCAGGGGGCUUGGAACAUUUCCUUGGGACCGACGUUGAGAUUUGGUGUCAUGAGGAAGAGUUCAAGAAUGCUUUCUGGACGUACGCUACAGGCACAGAGCGAGGAACUUACCUGAAGGACUAUCUUGUCGUUGACCGGUUGAACUGGAAAACUUUCUCCGGCCAGACCUUCGAAAUCUUCCAGGGUAUCACUUUGCACCACUGCCCAGGCCACACGGUUGGCUCAAUUGCAAUGGAACUCAAUCUUGAGCAGACUGGAUCGGUUGUACUUACUGGCGACGCGUUUCAUGUCGAGGAAAACUAUGAGCAGGGCAUCCCUCCGGGCACUCUGACGAGGGAUUUCAACGACUGGCACCGUAGCCGCUAUUACAUUCGAAGCUUGGUGCAGAGGAAACAGGCUAAGGUGGUGUUGGGACACGAACUAUCCUAUUUCAACGCUUUGAAUAUUAGUCCCAAAUAUACGGCAUAG